AUGCUAUAUGGGACUUGCCCCUCCCGUGUCUCGCGUUUCCGCGUUGCACAGGCGUUCGUCAUCAUCUCCAUCGCCGUGUACUUGGCGGCGUUUACUGCAGGCCUUACUUUGCUGUUCUGCUGCUCUUUCCUCCGCGUGGUCUGCCUGGCGCUGAACGUGGUUGGCGCUGGCACCUUGUGCGUUGUGUGGGUGGCCAUGGUGGUGACGUACAACAAGGUCGAUGGCCCACAGUGCUCCAGGCUGAAGGAUCGCGGCACCCUUGGCGUCGGGCUCAUUCUCCUGGUGGUGGCCUGGAUACUGGAUAUCAUCAACAUCAUCUUCCUGCUGAUACCGUCACAGGUGAGGGAAUCAGUUGAGAGUGUGAACUCGAAGGAAUACACAGAGCAAGAAUAG